AUGGAAAAUACCCUGCCUUAUCGACACGAUUCCCCCGCAGAAAAGACAGAGAUCCCCUCGAAGUUCGUUGCCGAUCUCGGUCAGAAGCUCAAGCGAUGGGGCGUAGAAUCAACAGGCAUUCAGCCGAUCCCGGUCGAGGAGCGGACAGACACACAAUAUCACAAACUAUUCUUCUUCUGGUUCACUGCCAAUGUGAACAUUCUAAGCUUCUCUGCUGGGGCUCUAGCGCCAGUGUUCGGCCUUGGCUUGCGAGAUGCAUGCCUCGUCAUCCUGUUCUUCAAUCUCGUAUGCACGGCGUUCCCUGCCUAUCUAAGUACAUGGGGCCCGAAGCUAGGUCUUCGCCAAAUGGUUCAAGCUAGAUAUAGCUUUGGGUUUCAUGGUGUCAUGUUGCCAUGUGUCAUGAACCUCAUAGGAAUCACAGGGUUCUGCAUUCUAAAUUGCAUUCUGGGUGGUCAGACACUCUCCAGCGUAGCUGACGGCCGUCUAACCUGGACAGUCGGUAUUGUAGUUACAGCGGUUAUUUCUCUUCUUCUGAGUUUCUGCGGGUACCGAGUCCUCGGGUGGUACGAGAAAGUCGCAUGGCUACCGGUCUUGAUUGUGUUUCUAGUCGCUCUGGGUGUCAACGGUAGCCAUCUAUCGUUGCCUCAGACUGUAGAAUCUCCACCCGCCGCCUCCGUCCUCAGCUUUGGUGCCUCGAUCGCCGGGUUCGUGAUGUCCUGGUCGGGUAUGGCCUCUGAUUUCGCCACUUACUUUCAUCCAAAAGUCUCAAGUUGGAGGAUUUUCGCCUACACCUACUUCGGCUUGCUUCUUCCUACGGUCACGUUGCAGUGCCUUGGUGUUGCGUGCACAAUAACCGCGUCUAGCAUACCUGCUUGGGAGCAAGGGCUACGCGACGGAAAUGUCGGCGGUUUGGUGGCAGUCAUGCUCCAACCAACAGGCAAAUUCGGCAAAUUCCUUACCGUGUUGCUGGCGCUCAGCGUUACCGGCAACAUAGCAGUCUCGAUGUAUGCCUUCUGUCUCAAUUUUCAGGUUUUCGUUCCCGUUCUUGCUGCUGUGCCGAGAUACGUCUUCUCUCUUGUUGUCACCGCGAUCGUGAUCCCGCUGGCAAUUGUCGGCUCUCACAGGUUCAACAACACUUUGGCCAACUUCCUCGGACUUCUAGGCUACUGGUCGGGCGCGUUUGCAGCAGUCAUGACGAUUGAGCAUCUCAUCUUUAGACGGCACGAUCCAAACAACUAUAAUAUCGAAGACUGGAAUUCCCCUUCACGACUCCCCAUCGGAGCCGCAGCGCUAUUUGCGGGGCUCGUCGCCUUUGGGAUUGCCGUGAUCUGCAUGGACCAGGUGUGGUUUAUCGGGCCUGUUGCAAAAGUUACGGGGGACAUCGGGUUCGAGGUGGCCGUCGUGACGGCAGGUCUACUGUACGCCGUUACUCGGGCGCUAGAAGUCCGAAAGUGGGGGCGUGUAUGA